AUGUCCACUAAACGAGGCUCGAUCUCAACUGAUAGACAAAAUAUUUAAAUUCUAUUUCAGACGCAGCAGACUUUGAAAAUGAAAGGUGAUUCUAUCAGAACUUUCGAUGCACCAGGUUCAGCAACAUAUAAUGAUUAGAAAGGAGAAUAGGUUAAAUCUAAAUUUGGAAAUAAUAUUCAGCAAAAUAAUAACAACAACAACAACAACUCAGCUAUCCCUUCUAAUCAAUCUCUUAAUUUGGUGAUCUCAAUCUUAAAGAAAAACCCUGAAUUUAGAACGGAAAAAGAUUUAAACAAUCUUGCACCCUUGAUUAAGGAGAUUCAAUUUUUUAAGUAGAGGAAUAUAGAGGGUGCACAUCUGAACGAUAUUUGCAUGGAGCUAAGGUAUGAGUAUUUGCAAGCUGGAGACUUCGUGUUUUAUCAAGGUGACUAUGGUGAUAGAUUUUAUGUAAUUCUGAGAGGCAAAGUGUAGGUUUUGAUUAAUAAGCCAAGCAACUCAAAAAAGAAAAAAUCAAACAAAAAGAAGAUGAAUCCAGUGUAUAAGCAACUGAAAAGAGUGGCAAAGCAAGAUAAUCCCAUAAAAAUAAAAAACAAUGAAGAGGAUUAAUCAAUCGAAAAGAUUGACUCCAAAGAUGCUGCCCCCUUUUUAUCAUUAGUAAGACCUUCACUUGCAAAUUCUGAAAGCGAUCGACACGGUUCAGUUAUACUAGAUCCUAAGUAAUUGCUCUCAGUGAAUCUUAAAAACUAAAUAAAUUCUAGCAUUCCAUCCUAAGAAAACUACAGGAAAAGUGUUAUGACAAAUAACAGUCUAAUAGCAUCUCUUAGAGAUGUGAACAAUAAAAGUGGGCUUGAGGAGGAAGAGUAGAGCUAAAUGAGUUCUUUUGACAGAAACUAAUCAAUAUCACCAAGAGAUUUAGAAAUAAAUAAAUAUGAAGAUUAAGAACUAACUAUGAAUAACCACAAUGCAUCGAUUCAAAUUGAUGAGAUAAGAGAAACUAUGAACGAAGACGAUUUGAGGACUGAGGAGGAUAUGGAAGAAUUCUAUAUGAAAUAUACCGAGAUCUCUUAAAUUUAGACAGGCCAAUCUUUUGGUGACCUAGCACUUAUUGAGUAAAAGCCAAGAAUGGCAUCCAUUAGAUGUAUGACUGACACUCACUUCGCAGUCUUGUCCAAAAAGGACUUCAAUAAGGUGCUCGGUGUGAUUGAGAGGAAGAAGUACAAUGAUAAAGUGGCAUUCUUGAGAUCCUUGCCAUUUUUCAGUUAGCUUACCAAAACUUCCCUUGGGAAAUUGACUUAUCAAUUUCAUGACAUUAGCACGAUAAGACACUAAAUCUUGUAUAGAGAAGGAGAACCCGCAGAAUAUGUAUAUAUAGUUAAGGUCGGUCAGUUUGAAGUUAUGAAGACACUAACAAUGGCAGAAGACCAAAGUGAAGCGACAAAGAAGAUUUUUAUAAAUCCACUGAGAGCUAAUAAAGUAGUAAAUUCAUAAGGACUUAAUCACACCAAGAGAGCUCACAAACAAUAAAUUCAUCUGUUUAAAUUAGAAAAAGGGAAUGUAAUUGGUGAAGAGGACUUAAUUGACCUUAACUAAUGCUACACUACUACUGUUAAAUGCACAUCUCUUCAAGGUCUAGUAGGCUAGAUGAAAAGAGAGGACUUUUUAAGACUUGAAAACUAAGCUUUUGCAUGGACGCAGCUAUAAAAGAAUGCAAAACUUAAAUAAAUAGCAAUAGCUAAAAGAAUAACGAUAAAAAAUGAUGUUGAGGUGUAACUUUUAAAUACUACUGACAGAGAAAACUUAUAAAUAAACCUUAAAAAUUAGGAAAUGAAACUUCAUAGUCUCAAUGAAGAGACCAAAAGGAAUAGAUAGAACGGAAAUCAGUUAUAGAUAAUUGACUCUCUCAUUCAGCUUAAUCAUCAGUCUAAAUACGUAGGUGGAUAGAAUCAUGAUCUUAACUAAGAUAGUGAGUAAUAAUUUUUAGGGCUUCAUGAAAAUUAAAAUGGGGAUUAAAGUAUACUUUCUAAACUACUCCAGUAGUAGCAGUUUCAAGCUUAGCAAGAGCUAAUAUAAAGAAGGAAUAUGUCAAUAAACAAGUCAAUCGGUUAAAACUCAGUGCUGAUUGAAUCUUAAAAUAAGAACUCUAACAUUCACAAUAGAAAUGCCUCUGAGUCAGUUAUUAUCUCACCAAAACAUCUAAAUGUUCUUGGUCACUCAUAAAUUUAGCAGUUCUACCCCUCAAUUGAUGAGAGAUAGGAAUCUAAUGUUGAAUACACAGCUUAGCACAGAAGAAUUUCUACUGCUCUGACAAAUAACAGAAGACCAAUGACUGCUGUAAAUCAGAGCAUGCCCAGAAAGUCCGAGCCAACUAGUGCAGUAGGACUUGAUAAUCCUGGGGGAAAUAGCAUUGCUCUUCUUAAUCAAAACAAAUUCAAUAACUUUACCAACAUUUAAUCACAAAGUUUUGGAAUGAAAAAUCCCACAAGUCCCUAUCGAUAUUUGGGCCAAGAUGAUGCUCAAUCUCAUAGAGUUGCAUCUGCUGGACCAAGGCUUUUUACUGGAUUUAGAAGUUACGUACCCUCUCCUAAGAUUAAUCAGAAUCUAAUGGUUGCUAAUCAUACACUUCUCCAAUUAAUGAUUCAUAAAAAAGGACAAGAGAUCUAUAGGCCUUUAGCUUGCACUAUAAAUCAUCAUCAAAGUGCUUUGAGGGAAUAAGUAAAGCAGCAAAUGCGAAUGAGCUUUGAUAUGCCAUAGUAAAAUGUCUAAAGCCCUUUUAGCAAGGCCUCCAAUUACUCCUCAUCGUAAUAAAACAAUAGACUAACCAAGUCAAUCAAAUCAGUUCAAAGUAUGAGGUAACAAAGAAUAAAUGGAGCUAUAUAAUAAUAGCUUUGA